AUGCAUUGCGAAGGUUGCGCCAGAAAAGUCCGUCGAUGCCUCAAAGGGUUCGAAGGAGUUGAGGAUGUUGAGACGGAUUGCAAGACGCAUAAGGUCGUUGUGAAGGGAGAAAAGGCAGAUCCAUUGAAGGUACUUGAGAGAGUACAGAAAAAGAGUCACCGACAGGUUGAGCUUCUCACUCCGAUCCCGAAACCGCCGGCCGACGAACCCAAAAAAGUUGAAGAGAAAGAAAUUGCCAAACCCGAACAAAAAACAGAGGAGCCUCAGGUGAUUACAGCGGUUUUGAAAGUCCACAUGCAUUGUGAGGCUUGUUCGCAAGUAAUCAAGAAACGUAUAGAAAGAAUGAAAGGUGUUGAGAGUGCAGAGCCAGAUCUAAAGAGCUCACAAGUGACAGUGAAAGGGGCGUUGGAGCCACAAAAUCUGGUGGAAUACAUACACAAGAGAACAGGGAAGCAGGCAGUGAUUGUGAAGGUAGACCCAGAGAAGAAAGAGGGAGAAGAUAAAGCCAAAGAAGAGAAAAAAGGAGAAGAAAAGGAUGACAAGAAAGUUGAAGAAGAGAGCAAAGAGAAGAAGAAGGAAGCCAUUGAAGAAGCUGCAAAAGCAGCAGCAGCAGCAGCAAGGUUAAAACUUGAUAGAGGAGGACAGAGAACUCCACCAGGACAGUGGCUGGUAGGUGAAAAGUACGGAGAGAGAAUUUUUAGCGCCGCGGUGAAUUUCUUAGUGGAUUUGGCAGGGAAUUGUGAGUAG